GACAGAGAGCGCGUGAGACACCAUCGCCAGCUUCGAUGUCUCCGCCUCCCAUUUCCGGUUCUCCAGGACUCGUACAAACCCCUAAUUCUGCUCCCCUGUCUUCACAAAUUCCACACCUCCAUUUCCACCAAAAAGUCGCCGUUUGAUUGAUCCCUCACAAUGUCGGCGAUCUCGAACUUUCCGGCGGCUCACCGGCAUCACGCAGCGCCAGUGGGGGUUUCGGGGGCGGGGAAGUUUGGGUUUCGGUCGGCGGUGGCUUCGGUGCCGUUCCAGGAUGAUAUAUUUCGGCGUUCUCAGUCAUCUCUUAGUCACUCAAGGAAGGCAGCUAAAUAUCCAAGUGUUCAAAUGGCAUUAGUCGAUGAGAGGGUUGCACGUGGUAGAAAUCUGGCAAAACCUUCCAGAAUUUUGGCAUAUGAUCUUGUUCAAGGACCACUUGUAAGAUGGAGUUCUAUUGCAGACAAGUCAAUUCCUGAUCCUCCAACAGCUGUUCUUGUGCAUGGCAUUCUAGGUAGCCGGAAGAACUGGGGUACCUUUGCUCGGAGAUUGGCCCAGGCAUUUCCAACAUGGCAGUUUCUCUCAGUAGACCUGCGGUGCCAUGGUGAUUCAGCAUCAAUUAGUAAGAGGGGCCCUCAUACUGUUGCUGCAGCUGCUCUUGAUGUCCUAAAGCUAGUUGCACAGCUUAGAAUAACACCUCGAGUUCUAGUUGGUCACAGCUUUGGAGGAAAAGUUGUCUUGAGCAUGGUGGAACAAGCUGCAAAACCUCUUGCACGACCAGUCAGAGUUUGGGUUCUAGAUGCAACUCCUGGGAAAGUUCGUCCUGGUGGAGAUGGAGAGGAUCAUCCAGAGGAACUAAUCUCUGUCCUUAGUAAAAUGCCCAAUGAGGUGUUUUCAAAGCGGGAUGUUAUGAAUGCUCUUAUUAAAGAAGGAUUUUCCAAAGAUGUGGCACAGUGGGUGGUAACAAACCUCCAACAGACCAGUUCCCCUGGUUCAUCAUCGCCAAGCUUCUCAUGGGUGUUUGAUCUCAAGGGAAUUGCUGAGAUGUAUCAAUCCUAUGAAGAAACAAAUUUAUGGAAUAUUGUGGAAGAUGUACCACGGGGUGUGCAUGUGAAUUUUUUGAAAGCAGAAAGGAGCUUGCACAGGUGGGCCCUUGAGGAUCUUCAGAGGAUUCAUGCUGCUGAGGAUCUGGCUGCUGAUGAAGGUGGUGGAGUGGAAAUGCAUGUUCUUGAAGAUGCUGGUCAUUGGGUGCAUGCUGAUAACCCAGAUGGCCUCUUCAGGAUUCUCUCCUCUUCCUUCCAAGGAAUCAAAACCUAAUGAACUCCCGAAUUUUCAUUCCUCAAGUUUUAACCAAUCGUUGUUUACAGUCUUCAUACAUUUAGCUUUUCUUUUCAACAUUUCUGCAUUCGUUUGUAUCAUAAUAGUUGUGCAUAUUCUUUUCUUCCCAUGUCUGUUCACCACAAGUCAUCAUUGGUUUGUCCCAAUACUAAAGUGACCACUUCUUGAAUCAAUCAGUUUUGUAAUGCAUAGCAAAGGUUUUAUAUACCAUUAGGAUCACCAUCAUGGAAGUCCUGAAUAAACUCAUUCGCUGGCUGCCAAAAAUGGAUUCUGGGAAAAUUCUUUGAAAUUGCAGUAGCUGGAAGGAAACAGGAAGGAGGGAAAAAAAGGGGAAAGAAAAAGAAAAACUGGUUAUCGGCUCAAAGGAGAUGAGACAAGGAGACUUCCUAUACGUAUCUUUGGUUUCUAGUUCUUCAUUUGUACUGCUGGAGUAUGUCUCAUUUGAAUCAUGUCAACAUAUAGUGAUGCUUAACAUUUAUUGUUUUUACCCAAUACAUUCUCCUGAAUGA